AUGGCAUAUUUAUCACCAACAAUUCUUGUUGCAGGACUAGCGUAUAAGACUACAAGUGAAACAAUAGCAUCAUUCUUUGGAAAAAUAGGACCAGUUGAUGAAGUUUCGCUGAUGCUAAAUUCUUUGGGAAAAUCUAAAGGAUUUGCUUUUGUUACAUUUACAAAACCACAAGAUGCAGACUAUGCAGUUUCAAAUUUCAAUGGUCAAAUACUUGAUGGACGCCGAAUUCGCGUUGAAAUUUCAUCAAGACGUAAGAAAUUUAAACUAGAACGGAAAUUCGAGAUGGAUGAAUAUCACCAGAAUGAAAGACGUUUAGAAGGAUCCAGAGAUCGAUCAAGUGAUCGAAAUACAGAUGAUUCACGCGCAGAAAGAGAUGAAUUCCGUAAAAAGAAUAAAAAGGAUGAAAAAUAUGACAAAAAGCAUGAUAAAAAACAUGAUAAGAAAUCCGCUAAUGCAAAAAGCAGCUCAAAAAAGAAAAACCGAGAUUAUUCUGAUUCUUCAGACUACUAUUACUCUGAUUACUACUCUGAUUAUUCUUAUUCAGAUUAUUACUACUCAGAUUCUGGAUAUUCAAGCUAUUAUUCUAGUUAUUCAGAUUAUUCUUCAUAA